UAAAGAUGGGAAGAUCACCUUGCUGUGGCAAAAAUGGAGUGAAGAAGGGUCCAUGGGCACCCGAGGAAGAUCAGAAGCUCCUUGAUCAUAUCCAUUUGCACGGUCCUGGCAAUUGGCGUACGCUGCCUAAAAAUGCCGGGCUCCAACGAUGCGGGAAGAGUUGCCGUCUUCGAUGGACCAACUAUCUGAGACCCGACAUCAAGAGAGGAAGAUUCUCUUUCGAAGAAGAAGAAACUAUAAUCCAGCUGCACAGUAUACUAGGAAACAGAUGGUCAGCCAUAGCCGCUCGUCUACCGGGAAGGAUCGACAAUGAAAUAAAAAAUUAUUGGAACACUCAUAUCCGUAAGAGAUUCAUCGGAAGUGGGAUCGAUCAACCUCAUGCCCCGGGCCCUGAUCCGUCGAAUCUUUUAAACGUUGCUCUCAACCCAUCAAACUUGUUAGGGACACAAGCAAUUCUUUUGUAUCAUGAAAUCCUGAGGUUGGCCUUGUCCCCUCAGGAUCAUAUCCACAAUGUUCUGAAGAACAAUAACGACGAUUUUGUGGGUCAAGUUCCAAACAACAAUGGCAUCGAAUCUUGCAUGAAUGCAAUAAUUGGUAACGGUCAAGACUUGCCGUUUUUGCCGGAGAGCUUCGACCAGGAUAAUCUCGGACGACCCGCUACGGAGGAUGAUCAAGAAAGAAACGGCGGCGGCUUCUUGAAACUCGAAAUUCCCGAGGGUUUUGAUUUUGAUGAUUUUAUGUAGAUUUGUUGUCCAAAUAAUUAUUGUGUCAUUCUCCCCUUUGAAAGUUUUCCGAUUCUUGACGCAUGCAUUAUAUUCGUUGUUGCAUAUAUAACAUGUGUAAUUUUCUUUCAUUUAUAUUUCCAAACAUGAUUGG